CGUCCCCCCCAACGAACCUACAACACCAACAAUGGGCUACAAGGAAUCUAUCGAGAUUCCUCAACUGCAAGGCGCAAUCGUAUGUUUGCCUAAUGGCCAGCUGGGCCAUGUCCGCGACGCGCCCGUGACCCCCUUAGCCCCCGACAUGGUGCUGGUGCGCACGGCUGCGGUGGCGCUCAACCCGACUGACCACAAAAUGGUCGAAAACUUCCCGACCCCGGGGGCCAUCUCCGGGUGUGAUUUCGCUGGCACAGUAGUUGCUGUGGGCGCAGCAGCGACCCAGCGGUUCAAGGUUGGGGAUCGCGUGUGCGGUGGAGUGCAUGGGGCGAACCCACUCGACCCUGCUGUUGGAGCCUUUGCCGAGUACGUCGGAGCCACCGCAGACAUUCUGGCGCUCAUCCCCCCGGAUCUGUCAUUUACAGAUGCCGCUGCUAUCGGCGGCGCGGGUCCGGCGACAAUGGCGUUGGCUCUCCGGGACGAGCUGGGCCUGUCACUCGAUGCGUCCUCUGAGCGAAAGGACGAGUUCGUGCUGGUCUAUGGAGGAAGUACCGCUACGGGGACGAUGGCCUUGCAGUUUCUACGUAGAGCCGGUUAUCGCGCCAUCGCAACCUGUUCGCCCAAGAGCGCCGACCUAGUCCGCUCCUACGGCGCUGAGUCCGUCUUCGACUACCACUCCGAACGAUCCGCCGAAGAGAUCCGGAGCUACACCAAGAACAGCCUCCGCUACGUUCUGGAUUGCAUCACCGAGCCGGCCACCGUUGAUUUCUGCCUGAGGAGUAUCGGUCGCGCGGGGGGCAAGUACUGCGCGCUCGAGGCGUUUGCCGAUGAGUUACGCUCGCGUAAGGCGGUGUCCAUGGCAUGGGUACUGGCACUGAGCAUCUUUGGCAAGCGAAUCGCACUCGAUAGGGGCUACGGCCGGGAGGCAGAUCCCAAGCAUCGCGUGUUGGGUCGGGAGAUGUUUGAGGAGGUGGAGCGGAUGCUGCAACGUAAAGAGCUGAGACCCCAUCCAGUCCGUGUGAUGAAUGAGGUCUGGGAGGAUAUCCCUCAGGGACUGGCUUUGCUGAAAGCGAAGAAGGUCUCGGGGCAGAAGUUAGUGUAUAUUGUUGAUCAGCGUCAGACGGGUCUAUAGAUUGGAAUAGAG